AUGGCACUGCAAGGUGCAAGGCGCAAGGCCGAAGGAUGGAAGUUGCCUCGUCGAAGUCGAACGAACUGCCACGUGCACGAGCACGAGCUGUUGUUGCCUGCCGCUGCUGGCGUCGUCGCCGCGCGGGCGCGCGGCCGGGAUUGGAGCGGUGAGAAAAAUCGAUCUCGCCGCUUUGAGCGCUGCUUCGUCUGGGAUUCAGCCCAGCGCGAGGCAUUAACGUCGUCGGCGUCGUCGGCGGUGACGACCACGGCGGCGCUGGCUCCACGGCGCUGCAUUGACGCCAAGAAGAACGCGCCCUAUCUUAUGCAGGCUGUCGUUGCAGCUGCAAUUGGGCCGGUAAACAACGCCUCGGCACAGGAAGGAAGGAAAGACGCGACGCCAAGCUGGUCCCGCCCAUCCGAAGCGAGCAGCCCCGCCGCCCAGGUGAAGGCGGCCGCGAGCUCCAGCCCCAACGGGCUCCUUCAGCUCGACACUCGUUCCGCCCCGAGAGCUCCCUACUCCAUGGGGGCCACGAAGAUGCCGCCGCCCGCGCAGCGGCCCAAGCGCCUGCCCGUGAACGAGGAGAGCAGCGACGACAACCAGAGCGAGGGCUGGGCGCUCGCGGACGAGGAGAGCGACUGGCGCACGUCCAGCUCGUCCGAGCCGCGCUUCUCGCUGCUGGCGCUGCCCUCCAAGGUGCGCAGCUCCGUGUUCCGCAGGCCGCAGCGCAAGACCAAGGAGCGCUCGGGCACCGCCGACACCACGCGCACGUCGUCCGCGUCCUCCACGCCGCGAGACUCGGCGCUGCUACUCGUAAACCCGCAGCCGGACUGCGAGAACGUGGAGAAGUUCCGCGUCUUCUGGGACGAGAAGCUGCGCAGCGCCAUGGACCGACUCCGGGGCGAACAGGAACAGCACAAGGACAACGACGGCGACGACGACGUCUUCCACCUGCUGCUCAAGCUCUACGCGCACCAGGACGUGGUAGCGCAGCUCUACAGCAGCUACGAGGCCAACGCGGCCGAGCUCGAGUUCUACAUCCCGCAGCUCUGCACCUUCCUGCUGCACGGCAACUACGCCAAGCAGCACCAGCUCGAGUGCUUCCUGAUGUCCCGCAGCGGCGACUCGCUGCCCUUCGCACACAGACUAACGUGGUUCCUGCGCUCCUUCUGCGACGACGCCAGGGAGUACCAGUCCGAGUACCUGAGCGUCACGGCGUCGCAGGACCAGGAGGACUCCGACCUGCUCACAGCCAUCGGCAGACGCGCGGGCGUCCCCGCGCUGCUCAUGAACAGCGGGCUUUGCGUAGAGGAGGUGUCGGCCGUCAAGCCGGACAACUUACAGCGCAGGAGAUCCACCAUCUUCCCGUCGGACAACGAGCUGGACUCAAACACGCUCGAGACGGACGAAAAGUUCGCCGGCCAUUUGCUCAGCAAGAGGAACUCGAUCCAGGACGAGGCGCGCACGGACGAGGGGAACUUACAGCAGAUCGAACUAUUCCGACAGACGCCCAAGUUCGUCGAGGCACUCACAGAUCUGGCGGAGCAGCUCAUCCCCACGCCUCGACCAAACAGGAAUGCAGAGCUACGCAAAGGACUGAGCGAGAUACAGGAGCAGAGGCUGCCCUCCGACGUUAUUUAUCUCCCGAUCGGCAACUCGUGCCACCGCGUCAAGGGGAUUCGGGUCGACGAGUGCUUCACGUUCUCCACUAAGGAGCGCGUGCCUUACUUCCUCUGUGUAGAAGUGCUGGACUACUCGGUGCAGUCGCCUAAAGCAGGUACCAAGAAGCAGCGGAAGCGGAGGAAGUCCAAGGCCAGUCGCAACCAGUCCAGAGUCUUCUCCUUGAAGCUCCCGUUCACCAACUCCGAUGCGGAAUUGAGCAUCCCAGUGGAUGAUUCGCCCAUGUCAAGCAGCACGUCGCCUGAGAGCGAGCUGAGCUUCGUGCCGUCGCCCAGCGUGGCGUCCCCACUACCUGAGAUCGAUGAGGAGAACGUCCCAGCAUUUACGGAAUCGUCGAUUACGCGGCAGAAAGAUGGCGAUGAUGUACUGGAUGGGGAGGAUGGGGAUGACGAGAAAGAGGACGGCGAUAGGAAACCCAGAAAGAGCGUCCAGGAAGACGAGGACCUGCAUAGAGCAGAAGAAGAGCAGCAGGAUCGACUCGGCCAGUGGAACUUGCCGAGACCCCGCCGUCGUAGCAUCAAGGAAUACUCGUCCAGUGCGUCGGCUAGAUCGGGGGGUCAGUUCGACAGCUUUUACUCGUCUUGGUUCUCGAAGAAGGCGCAGGAAGGAGAUGACGAAGAGAAUGAUUCGGUUCAGGUGCCGCUCACAUCGCCGAACGCUGCGGACAUGGUGCUUGAACAAGACGAGGACAACGACAGCGCUAUGAAGGAAGUUGACGUGGAUGCGGCUGAGGAUGCCGUCCCAGUAGACGUUGAGCCUACUGGCGAUGCAGUCACUGACGAUGUCGAAGUCACUGAGAAGACUAAGGCUAAGGAGAUAGCUCCACCGACUGCUGCGCCCAGCGUAAAUGGUGGGAUUUUCUCUUCGAUCUUCUCUAGAAAGCCGAAGCCGGAAGUCGAUGCCCAGCAAUCUCAGGUGGCUGCUUCAUCGCGACCAAACGAGACGGAGACUAACAACGAAAGCGCGCCGGCUGAGGCUGACGAGCAAAAGACUGACAUGUCGGAGAAGACUGCUUCAUCGACUCCAGCUCAGAGUGGCCGCCUCUUCUCCUCAUUGUUUUCGAAGAAACCUGCCGACGCAGCCAAGCCCGUAGUCGUGUCUGAGGACGAGCCGAAGCUGAGCGAAUCUAGCAGCGAAGAAUGUGCUGGAGCAAUUGAGUGCGGCACAGCAAAGCUUGAGGUCGUUCCUGCUGAAUCAGUUGGCAUUUUCGGAUCCCUCUUCUCGAUGAAGCCGCAAACAGCCCCUGAACCGGAGACCGCGAGCGGCGAUGGAGUUUCAUCAAUCGAGCCUAGCGAAGACGGAGCUUCGGACAACCUUGAGGCUGACGAGGCUGACGGAGAAGAGUCCGAGUCAAAGGAGGCACUUCCAUCGGACACCGACCCUGCCGAUGGAACGACUGAAUCGGCGUCUUCGCUUGAGCCAAGCGAAGCAGGAACUUCUGACGAUCCAGCGGCCGAGGAUGCGGAUGGCGAGGAUACGGACUCCAACGACGGAUUGUUUUCUGAGGAUGAUGAAAAUGUGGUAUGCGAGCCGGAACGUUCGCCGGUGGAGAAGCCGAUGGAGAAGUCGACCUCGUUUGCAUCUUGGUUCUCUCGGAAGCCCGUGACUGAGGUGGCAGAGCAAUAUCCGACGGUGAAGGCCUCGGACGCUACUGCUAUCAACGAUAAUAAGACCGCAUCUCCCGAAGACACCAGUGCUGAAGGUGAAUGCACUCCGGAGCCCUCCGUUCCUGCCAACAAGGAAGACGUCGUCACUCAGGAGGAGGUUGCCAUUCACCAGCGACCGCGUGACUUGAGUGUAAGCCUCGACUUUGCUGACCCCACCGCUUGGAAGGAGAAGUUCGACCUUGAAGAUGGUCUCACCGAUGACGAGCCUGAUGCGGAAACGGGUGACACUGACGCGCUGGAGGCCGAUGCCGAGGAGGAUGCAGAGACGCCCGAGGACGACGAAAAGCCGAUGAUUGUGUUCCGCGAGCGCUGGAGCGAGAAGGAAGCGCGCGUCCGCCGUGAGUCGCCGUUCGGUGAUCACCCUGGCUGGCGGCUUCUCUCCGUCAUCGUCAAGAGCAACGACGACCUGCGCCAGGAGCAGUUCGCAGCGCAACUCAUUGCCCAGUGCGAUCGGAUCUUCCGCGAGUACUCCCUUCCUCUAUCACUGAGGCCAUACAACGUGAUCGCCACGUCAGCCACGACUGGUCUCAUCGAGGCCGUUCCGGACACCGUGUCUCUCGACUCUCUCAAGCGCAACGACCCUGGAUACACCACCCUCCUGGACUUCUACACCCGUCUCCACGGUGAGAAGGAGACCACCGGCUUCGCCCGAGCGCAGCGGAACUUCAUCGAGAGCCUCGCCGCCUACUCGAUCGUCUGCUACGUGUUCCAGAUCAAGGACCGCCACAACGGCAACAUCCUCGUGGACACGGACGGCCACGUGAUCCACAUCGACUUCGGCUUCCUGCUCACCAACAGCCCCGGCAGCAACUGGAACUUCGAGCGCGCGCCCUUCAAGCUCACGGACGAGUUCGUUGAGCUCAUGGGCGGCCCGCGCAGCUCGUCGUUCCGCUACUUUCGCACGCUCUGCAUCCGCGCGUACCUGGCUCUGCGUCGCAACAUGGACCAGAUCGUGCUACUGGUGGAGAUGAUGCUCGUGGGCAACUCGGACCUGCCGUGCUUCGCUGGCGGCAAGAAGGCGGUAAUCGAGGGGCUACGCGCACGGCUCAAACCUGGCGCGCGUACGAGCACAUGCCAAGUCUUCGUGAACCAGUUGAUCGACCAGUCGAUCAAUAACUGGCGGACGCGCUGGUACGACAAGUACCAACGAGCUUGCCUCGGAAUCCUCUAGGUGGUGUGUGGCGUGACGUUUGUUCGACAAGGGAAGGGAAAGCUGCCUCCAGUUUUGAUUCUAGUAGCAAUAGCGUAGGUAGCGUGCUAAAGAUUUGAUUUAUAAACGCUUGAAGAU